AUGGUUUUAGCUGUCAAAAGUGUGGCCGUUAUCGGCGCCGGGCCAUCUGGUGCUAUUGCUGUUGAUGCUUUGAUGCAAGAGAAGGCAUUUGAUGUGGUCCGCGUGUUUGAGCGCCAGGAAAAGGCUGGCGGAUGUUGGGUCUCGAGAGAUGAUGAGCCUCCACGGCAACUCGACUUUGACGGGUUAGCAGCCCGUACUGCAGAUGCUCCAUUGAAGAUUCCGGAGCAGCUGCCAUGUCGAACCCCGGCAGUAACUCAGGAUCGUUACACUGACUCCCCUGUCUACCCCGGACUGGAGACAAACGUGGAUGCGGGGGUCAUGUCUUACUCUCAAGAGCCGAUCCCCACUAUUCGGUCUCAGUGGUCGAUUGACCGCCACGGUCCGGAGACGCCAUUCCGGCAUCAUACUGUCAUUCGGCAGUAUAUUGAGGACCUCUUAAUUAAGAAAGGUCACGGUGGUCUUGUUGAAUACAACACGACCGUUGAGCAGGCGAUCAAAGAUUCAAACACCCAGAAGUGGACCCUGACUUUGCGCCGUAGAGAGCUUCAUAAUGGAAGUCCGUCGGAUUACUGGUGGACUGAGGUCUUCGAUGCGGUGGUGGUCGCUUCUGGCCAUUAUGCAGUGCCAUAUAUCCCUGCCAUUCCCGGCUUGGAAGAGUUCGCAAAGGCAUACCCCCGUAGUGUCGAACAUACUAAGCACUACCGAGGACCGGAGACCUAUCAAGGAAAGAAAGUCAUCACAGUCGGCGCAUCAGUAUCAGCCGCAGACACAGCAGUCAGUCUAAUCGACAGCGCACAAACCCCAAUCCUCGCCGUAGUCCGCGGCCGCUACAACGUCUACUUCGGCGACGAAGCCUUCAAACACCCAAAGAUCCAACGCCGAGCCCCAAUCUCACACAUCACAACCCAAGACCGGACCGUGCAUUUCGAAGACGGCACCUCCGUCAGCGACGUCGACCACAUCAUCUUCGGAACAGGCUUCACCUGGACACUGCCUUUCCUCCCACAGGUGUCAACACGCAGUAACCGUGUCCCAGAUUUAUACCAACAUGUCUUCUACCGCCACGACCCCAGCCUCAUCUUCAUUGGAGCCGUCGGCGCAGGUCUGACCUUCAAGGUAUUCGAGUGGCAGGCUGUUGCAGCAGCACGUAUCCUUGCAGGCAGGGGCACGCUGCCUCCAGUAAGCGAGCAAGAGAAUUGGGAGACGGACCGGAUCGCGCAGAAAGGUGAUGGGCCGGCAUUUACGGUGGUCAAUCCAGAUUUCAGGGCGUAUUUUGAAGGUCUGCGCCGAAUUGCGGGGGAGCCCGGUGAAGGUGUGCCUGGUCGGCGUUUGCCACCGUUUGAGCAGAAAUGGGUGGAUGAUUUUGAUGCUGGACAUGAGCGUAGGAAGAAGAUGUGGAAGCGGGCUAAUCGGGAGGCAAAACUCUAG